AUCACUUUCGAUUUCCAGCAAUUCUAACUAUAAAUAAAUGUAAUGAACAAAAUAUACCUUCCAUUAGGAAAUGUGUUAUUAUCUGUAGUUCAAUUCAUUGCACUACUAUGCAACAGUAAGUAACUCUGUAGCUAAGAGACCACAGUCCGUCAAAGUCGGUUCGAAGAGUUCAUUUGUAUCACCUAGAUGUUCACAACAAUGCAUCCGGAUAGUUAUAGCGCUUCAAAGAAAGUUCUGGAACAUCUGUUGAAAGUUUCAACAGUCUCCAUUCAAUAAGAGAUUUAACUACAGUAUCUGAACAAGGAUUUUGUGUGUGUACGAAAACAGACGUCACUUUCGUAGUGAUUAUACUAAACUAUUUUACAAUUUUUUCAACCGACGUUCUCAAGCUUAGGCGUAGAAGAUGGAUUUAUGUAACGUGCUGACUUAAAGGAGGGGUUGAGAGAACACAUGACUCAGCUUUUAAAAGAUCCUUCGCUACGUGAUUGUCCAACUCCGGUUCUUCCAAUUGCGAGAGUCUACUGUUCUCAGACGCUAUGCAGCAGUCAUGAAGACUGUCCAGAUCCAGAUUUCAAGUGUUGUUUCAAUGGCUGUGUAUUCAGCUGUCAACAUAAGAUACCACCUCCACCUGUGAUUGAUUGGCAAGAAGAACCAAAAGGGGUUUCAGCUAUUCCCAUUUACCCUGACAAUCUUCGAAACAUGAGCGACUUUUCCUCUCCAGAAGUAAAAGUUUGUAGUACGUCACCGCUACCGCCCCCAAGCGUUUCCUUGGAUUGUCCUGCUAACUAUGUUUGUCGUAUUCAGUACAUCGAAGAUCCUCUAGAGGGAGUGCCAAACCUUGGAGUUUGUGUGCCUGUGACAUUUGGGGAAUCAAGUGUUAGUGAUGAUGGCAAAACUUACCUCGAAAAAGCUGGAAAAGAAACGGUUAUCCUACCUGGUGGGUGUUCUUUAUCCAAGGAGAAGUAUGACCAGCUUCAAGAAUUACAGAAACGACCUUACAUAGUUGGUUGCAUAUGUACACUUGGUGCACUGGAGUGUAGGAUCUCGCGAAAUCAGCUGAACGAUUCAGAUCUGAAUCUAAAAUCUCAGACGAAGAAUACGUUUCAAAACUUCCUGAUGUUUACACGAAGGAGAAGAAAGCAAAGGAACGAUUACAAUUAAUCCUUAAUCUCUUUAUUAUAAGAUUGGUUGACGAUGUUCAUCAUUUCCUCUGGACUUACAAUGUUUUUUUGUCAUGUUUUUGUUAAACGUAUUUAAAAAAGGGGGAGUUAUGUUUUUGGAUGAACAGAUAAGCCCACAAAAAUACUUUUUUCUGCCUUUAAAAUAUGCGUUCUACAAAUUGUUUAAAUUUAACUUAAGAGAUCACAUUUACAAGACUUCUCCUAAAAGUAAGGUCAUGUUGUUGGAAAAGUAAAAUAGAGUAAAAAUAUGUUGGUUACGUUCUGAGAUUAGAUAAAAGUGUCAGUAAAAACAUAUUUAUUUCAUCUUGAAUCUUAAGGUAGCUACAUUGAAACAAAAUAACUGGUUGUGUUUGAACCAUUAUCCUAGAAAGAUUCAUGUGCAAAAUAAUAUUUUAGUUAAAGAAGUGUUUGUUGAGCUAUUCUUAAAUUUAUUAAGUUGUGGUUGAGUUAAAUUGCAACAGAGGGAGUUUUUGUAACAAACUGUUGUAUGCAUGUAUUAUUUGAAGAAUCCAGGUUGCUAUUUUUUUAUACUGGAACUAACAUAAGUCUGAUGUAACAGUUAAUUUUAUUUAAUUUUUAAUCUUGUUGCUAGAAGGAUUUAUGCAUCAAACUUAUUUUUAGUCUAUAAGUGCUAUACAGAUGACAGAGAAGAGGGGGUCAGAGGUCAGUACGAGUAUUUUUUAUGUCUGUAUAAAUGUUUUAACCGUUUUGCAACUUAUGCAGAUAUGAGUUGUUUUAAAUUUUAAUUUUUUAAAUAAUUGAGUGUAAAAUCAAAUGAAAAUAACUUAUGGAACUUCUGACAUUGUUGUCAUAGAAUUUUUUUUCUGAAUGGACUUCAACGAACUUUUAGCGGGCUGUCUAAGUAUGUCAUUAAUACGUUAUGUCAAUAGAUGUACGUGAAACACGUUCUGUUAACAUUCGUUAAGAAGGUUUUACAUUUAACUAGUUGCUAUGUGAUUAUAAGGUUGGUUUGUUAUAGAGCAAAGCCACAUUGGACAAUCUGCUGUAUCCACCGCGGUGAAUCGAUCCCCGGUUUUAGUGUUAUAUGUCCGUAGACUUACUGCUGUCCUAAAUAAUUUUGCGUGAAUUGUGUGUUUUCCUUUAUUUAUCAAAGUUGUAUAUUCAGAAACAUGAAAUAUGCAAGAAAACACUGAAGAAUAUUUUCUUAUGUUAUAACUGCUCGUAGUUCCCCGGUAGGACAGCGGUAGGUCUACGAACUUAUAACGCUAAAUUCCGGAGUUCGAUUUCCAGCGGUGGACACAGCAGAUGGCCCAUGUGGCUUUGUUGUGUAAAAAAAUCAAACAAACAAACGACUUUUUUUUAUAACCUGUUUGUAUUUAACAGUGAAUUUUGCAGUAACGUACAGGAUAACUUAAUUUACCUGUAUUUUGCCAAUAAAAAAUUUGUGAAAUUUG